AUGUCUAUUUUAGAUAUAAAUGAAUUUAAUGAAGAAUUAAUUGAUAUCACACUGGAAGUUUUUGAUUCUUUACAACAUUUACAAGACAAUAAAGUUGUUAAAUCUUCAUUAUUCGAAUUACUAGAAGGUACAAGAGCAUUAGAAGUUUUAAAUUCAAAAUUAGAUACUGGAUUAAUUGAACUUGAAGAUGAAGAAAUAAAUUUUGAUUGUUCUAAACCUCAAUCAUCAACAGUUGUUAUAAAUAUUCAAAAUAAAUUAUUACAAUUCUUAGUCAAUUGGCUUGAAAGUGAUAGUCUUCCUGUAACUGUAUUAAGUUGUAGGUAUGUACAAUGCAUGUUGGAGAAUUAUUUAAUCAAACAGAAUUCAAUUUGGGAACAAUGUUCAUUUAAUCAACCAAAAUUAUCCAAAGUUGAAUAUGAAAAAAAUACAAAUUAUUGGUUAAUUCAUAAAGUCUUGAAAAUUUUUAUAAUGGGUUUAUGUAAGUUUAUUGGUUUUACAAUCAAUAUUGCAAAAACAUUUCUUUAUGAAGAAGAAGAUUUAACAACGAGAAAUAUGAAUUUCAAUUAUUUAUUUGACGUUCCUACACAGUUCAUUAUAGAAAGAAUCAACGUGACUAUAGAGUGGAUAAUUAGUAAUGAAAUCGAAAACUCAGAUAUUUUAAUUGCUCAAUUGAAGAUCAUUUCAAGUUUAAAUCAAUUUGAAGCAAGUGUGACAUCUCAAGAUAUAAAUUUUAUGAAAGAUACAGAAAAAAAAGAACAUUUAUUUCAAUUUUGUAAAGAUGUUGAGAAGGAUAUAAGUGUUUUGAAAAAAUUUGAAUAUAAUGAAUCUAAAAUUCCAAUUGGUGUGUUUUCAAAAUUCAUUCAAAUUGAAAUGGAUAAUAGUAGUAUACCGACAGGCCUACCAGAAACAAAUUUCACAUCUACAUUAGAACACGUAAGAAACAUUUUUGAAAUUACCUACAAAUUCGUCAAUCAAGCUAAUAAUAUAAAAUCAAUGAUUCAAUUGGAAGAUUAUUUACAAUUUAACAUAAAAUUCCCUAUAACAAAAUUUUCUGUAUUUUCAAGAGGAUUUUUUCAAUUGUUUUUCAUAAGAGAUGAUAAAUCAAUUUUUGGAUCAAAAGAUAUAGAUUUAACUCGUUUAUGUUUAAAUAUUGUUGGAAAUAUAGUAGGAAUAAAUUCUAUACUUUUAGGACCACUUGAAACUCAAUUAUCACAAGUGAAAGAAUCAACUCGACAAGAAAUUCUUACUCAACGAGCAAAUUUUAUUUUGGAUUUAGAAAGUGCUAUUUAUAACAACCUUUGCAUUUAUGGAGCUAACCCUUGUAGAUCACAACAAUUGAUAUCUAGAGGCUUAAUAAUUUGGGAUACUUUACAAGUUGGAUGGGAAAAUUUCGAACUUUCAAUGUUUCAAAAUUUUAAUGUUGGAGAUCAAUUAAUUAAUGAAGAACCAGCAUUAAGUGUUACAUCUUAUAUAUUUUAUCAAAAAAUUGAUAUGAUGAUAAAAUUAUUAUUAGGAGGGUUUGAAUUAGAAAUAUAUAAAUCAUUUGAAUUAUUUCUUAUAUAUUGGUAUGCUAAUAUUUUGUUAGAUAAUUUGUUAGAUCAUUUACAAAAUAGAGUUAAACAAAUAAUAUUAGCUAAAAAGUUUGAUAUUGAAGAAAGAUUACCAAAAAAGAUUAAAAAACUUAAAGCUGGUCCUAAAAAGGAAAUGUUAAAAUCACAACUUCAACAUAGUCGAAAUUUUCAUUUACCUGGAUUAAUUGAAACUUUUCAAUAUCAAGAAUAUAUGGUAGAAUCUUUUCAAAAUUUGAAAUUACUAAUAAAUUGUUAUAUAAAAUAUUGUACAGUUCUUGCAAGGUUACAAUUGAUUGAUUUUUCAAAAGGUCCAAUUCAUAAUUUAACUUCAAUGGAGAAUUUAUAUUAUUUGAGAAUGAAACCAUGGUCUUCGAUUGGUAUCCCUCAAUUUCCUAGAUAUGAAGAUUACUCAAAAGCUUUAGUCGUAACUAAACCAAUUAAAGAUGGUCAUGUCAAUUUAAUAAAAAGCUUCGAAAUAUUGACUAGUAUUAAAAAUGAUUUAAAAACGGUAGAUAAAUUAAUUCAAAGUCUGUUUAAUUUUAUUGAGAGAAAACCUAAUAACUUUGUCAAGGAUUCUUUAAUUGCUGAUUGGUAUGAACAAUUAUCUGAUACUUCCAAAGAUUUAGAUGAGAAAGUUAGUAAAAUAGGUAAAAUCUUGUCUGAAAAUAAAGAUGAUUUAACCCAAAUUCCAAACAAUUACAAAUCGAUAAUUGGUAAAGGAAAGCAUAAAUACUUUAUAAAUAUAGAUAUAGCACCUAAAUAG